AUGAGCUGCUGCAGCAGCACCUGCAGUUUGUGCAGGAAGCAGCAGCAGCACGAGCAGCAGCAGCAAGUGCAGCAGCAGCUGCAGCAGCAGAAACCUACGCACUUGAAAAGCUGCGGGCCCAGCUGGCGCCUCCUCGAGGCUGGAGCUUUCAAACUGCAGCAGCAGCAGCAGCAGCAGAAGCAGCAGCAGCAGCACCAGGAGCAGCAGCAACAGAAGCAGCAGCAGCAGCACCAGGAGCAGCAGCAGCAGAAGCAGCAGCAGCAGCUCCAGGAGCAGCAGUAG